UCCCGAUCGUUUUUUUUUGCCCAGCAUUAAUUUGUAGUCAUGCUCGCAUCAUUUAGAGCUACAACAAUCCCUCUUUCUUUUCAGGCUUUUCUAGAAUCUUUAGUAAAUGUUUUCUCAGCAGCUUUCUGACCAUUACUGCUUUUACUGCUGGUAUUUUGGUGAACUGUUAGUGAAACAUUUAGUAAAUAUAUGGGCCCAGAUCUAAAAGGACACUUUUCUACAAAUCCUCUUCAAGAUUGAAGUCCAUCAUACGGUUAUCUGAACUCUGAACGAGUUCACUCAGCUGUGGAGAGCAGAUGGCUGAGAGUCAGGCCGGCCGGUUUUAUCAGACUUCACUUAAUUGAGGUUUCACUAUUGAUUUUCGUUCUGAAGCCAUCAAGAUGGCACUUUCAGCCUCUAUAACCUCUGCUGUGGAUGAGCUAGUUUAUCUAGUAGGUUACAAAGUACAGAUAUGCAAAGAACCGCACUGCGUGGAAACCUAAUAUUUGCAUGGAUGCUCAUGGAAGUAUGUGGAGAAGCUGGAUCUCAGUGGCUUCGUGUCUUUGAUCGAUGACCCGAGUCGUGACAGGAAUCUGGAAGCAGCUCGACUGAACCUGCGCAUGAAGGAUGGAGAAAUCAAGCUCACUGCACCGAGUCUGGAGGCGCGUGAGCUGUGGAAAGGUUUUCUGUACUCUGUCGUAGAUCUGGCGGUGCCCACCACACUCACCCUCCUGCCCGGGCAGCUGCACAUGCUGAGAGAAGUGGUGGAGAAAGAAAAAAUGCGUCGAAAGGCACGUGCGUCUUCCAGAGCCCCGUCGUCCCCGCUCUCCCUGCCGCUGGUAGGGGAAAUACCUGCGUGUUUCAGGCCUGUGUCUCGUAUUGAAGCCGAGGUGCUGUUAGAAAGACAUCCAGACUGUGGGAACAUGCUGCUCCGACCAGGUCGAGACGGAUCUUCACUCGCCGUCACCACACGACAAGACCUGAAUGGGUCAGUUUUCAGGCAUUACAGAGUGACACAGAAGCAGCAGGGCGGUUACAUUAUCGAUGUGGAAAACCCAAUCCCCUGUCCCACACUGCAUGAUGUCAUCAACGCUCUGGUGGAGAAAACAGCCGGGACUCUGCAGCCCUUUAUAUUGGAAGAGCCUUAUGAAGAGAACAUCACAUUUGUGUCAUCAAAUGAUGAGAAUGGAGAGCGAACCCUUCACUGUGCUCCCACUGGAUUUCUGUCUCGAGCUCCAUCACUGCCCCCUAAACAAGUUGGUACAGACAAAUGGUCACUGCGAUCGCAGACGAGAUCUCCCAGUCCCUCACCAAGAUCUUUCUCCCCGUCUGGUUCCCCGUCCAACUCCAUGAGAAGGCUGGUUCUGUCUCCAUCACCACUAUCUCAGAGCCUCACAGACGAGCUGAAACAGAAGCUGGAGAAGAGACGGACCAGUCAAGAGUGAUUUUUCCCUCCUGUUUCCAACUCGCCCUUCUCCGUCUCGUUCUUCCAGUGCCUUCCAAUAAAGACUGAUGUCCUGUUUCCCGGACAAGGACUCCUUGUAAUCGACAUCUUCCCUCAGUGUGACUUAAACAAUGCCACUUUAUUUGACUUAAUCGAAAACACGAGAGAUCCACCAGCUUGUCCUGCCGUCACAGAAUGACGUGUUCCUUGAAGAUUAGGGAAAAUUAAAAGGGAAAAUACAAAUCUGAGCCAAUAUUCUCAAUAUAUCAGUCUGUUGUAUCAAUCAGACCUUCAUACUCAGGUCGAGAAGAAAUUUACACACAUUUAAGAAAGAAGCACAUCAAUAACUGGUCUUAAAAUGAAGGACUUCUUAAUGGUUUAGUAAAGCACUAGCUCUCGGUAAACAGAAGAAGUGAUCCGUGUUCUCACAUGAAUGUGAAUCUGGUGUUGUUCAGGGCAGGGUCCAAAAUUAACACUCGCCAGGCACCACGUUACUAAACGGUUCCUAUUCCAAGUGACUUGCAUUGCCUUGAAGGUACAGAGGCCUAAAUUAAAUAAUUUCAUUCAUAAACACAUGACCUUGGUGUCUAUUGUACUGUAAUGCAAACAAAAACUAAUUUUAUUACAAACACAAUAGGCUGUUGAGACAGAUCCUCACUAAUGGAAGUGAUGUAUUCAAAGAUCUCGAACAGAAAACGAUUGUAUUAUCUGAAUAAUUCCUAUUUAUUUAUUUAUUUGCUUUUAAUAUAUAUUUAAAAAUGCAGUUCUAUGGCCAUGUUUUCUACCUGUGGUCAUAAAUCCUGAGAGGUGUGGCAAAAGUUAAUUUUUGACCCUACUACUUCCCUUUGCCUCAGUAUGUCUGUCAUGUUUUGAAAUUUGAAUGAUGCUUUUGGACAUUUGCAGGAGCUUUAGGAGCAGAUUUUGCUCUCAUAAAGCGGUAUUUUGAACACUGAAUUGAAUCCAGCUUUGUCUUGGUGAGUGUUUCUCGGAUUUGCGAGCGCUUUGGUUUGAUGGGUUGUGAAGAAUGUUUGCGUUCCUGACUGACCAACUGUCAUUAUCGGUUUUAUGAACAUGCAUGGUGCUACUGUGACUUUGUAGAUAUGUUUUCAUGUGUUCAAUUCAUGUUUGGUUAUUUAUAACUGUGAUAUUUAUGGGAAUUAAAGGGAAGGUUUUGUAGAAUUCA